AUGCUACCAGGUUUUGGUUUUCCAAUUUUAAAUGUUAAUCCAGGGUUAGUAGCUGGUCAACAAAUUCUGCUUAAUGCUAAUGCAUUACAGAGAGGUUUGUUUGAAGUCAUGGUCUCAACCGCUAGCCCUUUGGUAAGCGUACCGCUUCCCACUGCUGCUCCUGUUAGCGGGCGACCGACACCGAUGUUGGUGCCACCUGGAAUGGCCGGAGAGGAGGUUAACAGUGAAAGCCCCCAAACACACACUGCUACCACACAAUCACAGGAAUGUCCUUGGACGAAACACGAAACCAGUGAAGGUCGUGUCUACUAUUAUAACAAAAUCACAAAAGAAUCAUCAUGGAAUAAACCUGAUGAAUUGAAAACUCCACAAGAACGUCAGGAGCGAUCUACACCAACAACAUCUUCUUCCUCAUCUUCUAACGUUAUAUGGAAGGAGUAUAAAACGCCUGAAGGUCGAGCGUACUAUUACAACACGGUCACCAAAGAAACCACUUGGACGAAGCCCGAAGCUCUGAACACACCAGCUGCGACUACAGAGACUGCUAAGCCCACCACCGAAGAAGUGAAGAAGGAAAAAACUGAAGAGACGAAAGAGGAAAGUGAAAUGGAAAAAGCCAUGAAGGCUACGCUUGCAUCGAUGACCGUGCCUUUACCGGCAGAAACUAGUGUUCCUACUCCUGAGCAAGCGGUGGAGGUGCUAGCUGCAGACGACAACGAACAGGACCUCAAAAAACGCCAAGCUGAAAGAUUCCGUGAUUUAUUGAGGGACAAAUACAAUGAAGGAAAAAUCACGUCUACUUGUAAUUGGGAACAUGCAGUGAAGCAUAUUCAAAGUGAUCCACGUUUCCGUAUCCUUACAAAGGUGUCUGAGAAAAAACAGCUGUUCAAUGCUUGGAAAGUGCAACGACAGAAAGAAGAAAGGGAUGAGAAACGACUGGCAAUAAAAAAAGCGAAAGAGGAUUUGGAAAAGUGGCUACAGGACCAUCCUAAAAUGAAGCCUGGCUUGAAAUACAUGAGGGCACGUGAAAUUUUCAACAAAGAGCCAGUUUGGCAAGCAGUGCAUGAAGAUGAUCGACAAGACAUAUUCCGCGAGGCUUUGUCCUAUGUAACAAAAAGGGACGCAGAUUUGAAUAGAGAGACUAGAAAGCGUAACAUCAAGGCUUUGGCAGAAAUCUUAGAAAGCAUGGACCAAAUCACAUACAAGACUACAUGGGCGCAAGCUCAGCGGUUGUUGAUAGAGAAUCCACAGUUCGCAGACGACACUACACUACAGAGCAUGGACAAGGAAGACGCACUCAUAGUUUUUGAGGAGCAUAUACGCCAGGCUGAGAAAGAGCAUGCUGAGAUCAAGGAAGCGGAGGAACGUAGGAUAAAAAGACAGGAGCGGAAGGUUCGUGAAGAUUUCCAAAGGUUUCUUCAAGAAUUACAUAAGAAAGGCGAACUGACAUCGAUGUCACUUUGGUCUUCACUUUAUCCCGUAAUUUCAUCUGAUCCACGUUUUGAUGCGAUGCUCACACAAGACGGCUCUACACCUCUUGAUCUGUUCAAGUUUUAUGUAGAGGAGUUGAAAGAACAGUACGGACAGGAUAGACGUGUGAUCAAAGAUAUACUGAACGAUCAAAAGAAAGUUGUUCAGGUGGAUACAACCUUUGAAGAAUUUUCUAAAUGGGUGACAUCUGCUGAGAAAGGGCUUCUUGUUGACCACGGGAACAUGAAGCUAUGCUACAAUUCGUUGGUUGAGAAGGCAGAAUCAAAAGAAAGAGAAGCUGAGCGUGAGGAAGCGAGGAAGAAACGACGGCAGGAGAGCGAGUUUCGCCAUCUCCUCCGCGCGCAACAGCCUGUUGUCGACGCAAACACCGAAUGGUCAGCAGUACGCGGAAAAAUCGAGAAAGAAAAAGCAUUCCUUGUGAUUGAAUCUGAAGAGCUGCGCAUGAAGUACUUUGAGGAAUACAAACGUUCCUUAAGUGAGGCUUGCACUCACCAUCAUUCACUAUCCAAGAAAAAGAAGAAGGAUAAGAAGAAGAAGGGACGAAGAAGCGAUAAGGAAUCGGACAGCGAAAGUGAACCAAAAGAAAAGAGAAAGCGAAAGAAACACUCAAAAGACGACAAGGAUAGCGAUGACGAGAAAGAACGAUCUCGAAAAUCUCGCAAACGCAGGCGAUCACGAACCCGCUCAAGUUCGCGAAGUGAAGACGAUAAGAAGCGAAGGGAUGUUUCCGACUCUGAUUAA